AUGCGCUACAGAUUGAAUCCCAGCCCAAGCAAUCAGGCCCUAGAGUUCAGACUGAGUUUCAGAGCUGGAGACAGGUUACUGGUCCACACCAAGACAUCAGCUGACUGGUGGUGGGCGGAGUUAGGAGGCCUCUGUGGCAACAUUCCAUCUAGUUACCUGAAACAAGAUAGGACACCUCAGGACCCCUGGCAGGAUGAAGAGUACUUUGGCAGCUAUGGAACACUGAGGCUUCAACUGGAGAUGCUGAGUGACCGAGCGAGGACGGAGGCGUACCGCCAGGUGAUUCUGACCAACAGCGCCCCCCUCACAGGGAAGGUGGUUAUGGACCUGGGCUGUGGCACCGGAGUCAUCAGCCUCUUCUGUGCCCGCCUGGCCCAGCCCAAAGCUGUGUAUGCAUUGGAGGCCAGCUCCAUAGCAGAACACACUGAGACCCUGGUGAGGCAGAACGGCUGUGAGGAGGUUGUGACAGUCUUCCAGGGUCGGGCUGAGGAGCUUGAGCUACCAGGCACAGUAGACAUCCUGAUCUCAGAGUGGAUGGGCAACUGUCUGCUGUUUGAGUUCAUGGUGGAGUCAGUGUUGCAGGCGCAGGACAGCUGGCUGAGAGUAGGGGGGGGGGGGGGGGGGGGGGGGGGGUGAUGUGGGCCUCUCUCUGCCUGGUCCCGUCAGGCCCUGGACUACUACACAGAGAGGAUGGGCUUCUGGGAGCAGCCCUACGGACUGGACUUCACUGCCCUCCAGAAAGAUCCAAUACUGGGAUCCAUGGCCCAGUCAGAGUUCUUCUCCAGGCCCAGGUUCAGCCACCUCCUCCAGCCUGAAGACUGCCUGGCCACCCCCUGUGAUGUCAUCACUCUGGACAUGCUCACGCUGCAUGUUACAGAUCUAGAGAAGCUGAGGGGCCAGUUUACCUUCAUCGUGGAAAAGGCCGGGACAUUCCACGGGUUCACUUCCUGGUUCAGAGUUCAGUUCCAGAGCCUGAAGAGAGACAAAACCACAUUGGAGUUAGACACUGGGCCCUACUCUGAGCCAACCCACUAGAAGCAGAUUCUGUUCAUGCUGGACGGGCCGAUCUCGCUGCUCAGUGGAGAGACGGUGUCUGGAAUCAUCCUUCUACACCGGAACCCCGUCUGGAGACGUCACAUGACGUGGAGCAUCAGCAGCACAGAGGAAACAGGAAACUGCAUGGUCCAGACAAAGAGUUUCCCUAUGUGGAGAUGA